CAGAGAGGCCUGGAGCUUUCUUUACCACGUGUGCCUGAGCCCCAGGGGACUGUGAGCUGCCCUCCAGAGUAAUGUGGACCACAGGGGGUGGUGCUGAAGGUCGCUGCUGCUGGGGAGGAGAGGGCUGGACAAGACACUGUGUUUGCCCCACACAGAGCUGUCUGCCUAAAGCAGGUGCCAGCUCCAACGUGGACAGGAACAGCCUCAGAACUAUGGUGUUCCUCUGGGGGCUGUGGCUGCUCUCCCUGUCUGCUCUGCACAGUCACCUCAAGUUUUCUUCAGCACAUGCCAUUGAGCAAAAGCGUCUCUUCUUGGACAAAGAUGGGGAGCUGAAGGAUGUGAAAAGUGCUGGAGCUGUACAGUCUGCUCUGGUGGAAGACAUCUCAACCCUGCCAAAUGCAGAGCUGGUAGACUUUACCUAUGACACCUUCCAGGAGAUUGAUGGGCCCAUAUUACCUCUCACCACCACCCUGGCAGGCAAGAGGAAUGACUGGAACCCAGAAGACAAAGCCAUAGCUGGGGCUGUGGGCUGUGAACAGCAACCCCCUGGGGCAACUGCCUCUUCUGAAGAGGAAGGAGAGGCUGAAGAUAACAGCUGUGAGAUGACUUGGAAGAAGAGACAGAGGCUGGCAGAUGGCUUGAUGAAAUUCAGCAUCAGUCUGCUGAGAGAAGUCCAGCUGGAGUCCAACAGAACCAACGUGAUCCUGUCACCCCUCAGCAUUGCCCUCGCCUUGUCUCACCUGGCACUGGGAGCUGCAAAUCAGACAGAGAAGCAUUUGCUGGAGGUGCUGCAGCUGGAGUCAGUGCCCUGUCUCCAGCAGACCCUGGGCACCAUUCGCCGGCGGCUCACGGCAUCCAGCCUCAGCUUUGCCUCGCGCCUGUACCUGCAGAAAGGGUUUGAGGUGAAAGAGAAGUUCCUGGAGGACUCAGAGAGAAUCUAUGGAGCAAAGCCCAUGACCCUUUCUGGGAUCAGCGAGGAUGACCUCGUAGCCAUAAACAAGUGGGUAAAGGAAGCAACUAAUGGGCAAAUACCCACCUUCCUACAGCAGCUCCCUGGAGACACAGUGAUGCUCUUGCUCAAUGCAAUCCAUUUCCAUGGGUUUUGGAGGACUAAGUUUGAUGCUGGCUUCACUGGGCCAGAUGUAUUCCAUCUUGACAAUGAGUUUGUGGUCCCAGUCGAGAUGAUGAAAGCCCAGAAGUACUCCCUGAGCUGGUUUACACUGGAGUCCCAGGACAUUCAGGUGGCCAAGUUUCCCUUUAAGAAUAACAUGAGUUUUGUGGUCAUUGUACCAAACCAGUUUACUUGGAAUACCUCUCAUGUGCUGGAGAACUUCCCCUAUAAACAACUCUGCAGGCUUUUCCCCAAAGAGAUACCCACCACAGUGAAGAUCCCCAAAAUAAAACUGGACUACCAGCUGGAACUCAACAAGGUUCUCAGCCAGAUGGGCCUCCAGGAGCUGUUCACAAGCCCAAAUCUCCAGAAGAUCACAGACAAACCUCUCUUUGUGUCCAGCAUCCAGCAUCAGUCUACCUUGGAGCUUAAAGAAGAUGGGGUGGAAGCAUCUGCUGCUACCAGUGUCGCCAUGUCACGCUCGGUCUCUGCCUUCAGCCUUGACAGGCCCUUUAUCUUCAUUAUCUUUGAAGAUGAAACAGGCCUCCCUAUUUUUAUAGGCAGUAUCCAGAACCCUAAUCCCAAUGCUGCUCCCCAGCUAAAAGAGCCACUGGACUCACGGGAAGCAAUGAAUGUCAAUGAGUACCCCAUGCCCAAAUAAGAGAGGAGCAGAGCUGGAGUUUUCUGGGACCACUACCUGAUUCUUUGGACCAGCCAAGAGAGGCCUCCUGUCCUUGGAGACCUCCCUCUGAGGCCACAGGAGGCAAUCCCUUGCUGUUUUCCUUUGCAGAUCCCUAGAGACCAGUCCUGGGAUAGCCCAUUCCAGCUUUGAUGAGCUUCUCCAGGCUGGAGUUCCUCUCUGUCGAACCUUGAAAAGCUUGCUCUGCCUGGAUUUCCCUUGCAGGGCUCUCAGUCCUGGAAGAGAGACUUCCUUAUCCCCAGACUCUUAAUAGAGUCUUUAUUAAGCUCUUAUUAGAGUCCCCCCUAGCCUGGAAUCAUCAUUAGCAUCUGGCAGCUUGGACAAGAGCCAGAAGCUAUUAAUACAGCUCUUCCUUCCGCAGUUCCUGUGAACAAGUCUCCCUCAAAGUGUUCCUCUGAGAACCAUCUGCACCCACCUAGAGAACGACCUCCAGAUCAACUGGACCAGUAACCAGUUGUCUUAACCAGUUGUCUUCUCUAAGAUGCAUCCCAGCCAUUUCCAGGCAUGGGCUCUUUUCAAAGAUCCCCUUUUUCCCCACUCCUUGGCUACUGGGAUCUGGUGUGGGAGGGUCUGCAGUGGGAGAGCCCUUUGGGUCCUUAUCUCUGACUCGAGGUUCUUGGCUCAUGCUAGAUUUUUCAAGAUGUAUUUUAUAAAGUGGUUUUUAGUAAUUUUUAUGUUGGCAGAUUAAUAAAGAGUAAAGCAGAAUAUAUUUGCUUGA